CGUGGAUGGAAUCGCACCCCGAAAUUCGUGACUUUGACUGACUGGUUGAUCGGUAAGGCGAGAGGAUCGCUUGACCCUGCUGCAGAGCCGGGGCUAGCCAUGCAGGGCUGUCAUUGGCAGGAUGCGCAGGAGUACCUCGAUAGGGAUCGGUACCAUCGUGAACAACAUUAUUAUCCUCAUGGUCGGUGUUCGUAGGCCCUCAGGCCUCGUUUUACCCUUCCGAUAUUACUGAUAUGGUUAUACGGCCAUGUUGGUUUCCAUUUGCUUAUUCAAUACUCCACUAUUUGAGACUCUCUUCUAUCCCCAUUACCAAGGGGCACAAAAUAUAGAGGCAGUUUCGGCGCGGUAUGAUGCGAAAAGGAAUUGCACGGUCUCAAAAUCGUGUUCAAAUAUUCUGAUUUUGUUUGUUCACGGUGGCUGGCUAUCUGCUUUGCUUGUUUCAGCAGUUGGUGGCAAUCUCUUCAGAGUUCUAGAUGUUCAUAUUUAUUCUCCUCUCUUCUCCACUCCUUGUCUUGUUAUCUAUAUGUAUUCUUUCGCUUACCACCACUCUCUGAUGUGUAUUAUACCCAGCACUACUAUUAAAGUCUGUGUUUUUUUUUUAUGUAAUGUAACGUGAAUAUAUGUUUUGCUAGUACCACUACUCACCGAUACAGCCACUCAGCCAGUAGAUAGUAAAUUCUAUCUGAUCUACUGUACAUCAUGUUGAUAAGACCGCAA